UUUUAUUUUUCGAAUCUGAAGUUGUGUUCAGUUGUCUUACUCUUCGAUUCUCUUCUUGCUAUCGGCUGUUUGCUUUUUUAGUUGCUGCGUAAUCGCGAUCACUGAUCGACUCUGUUCAAAUUUGGAAUUUUUUUUUCUUUUUUCUGGCUCAGUUGUUCAGUGGUUGAAAGCAAUUUUGCGAUUUGAUUUGCGUUUCCGUUGGAAUCGGUUACUUCUGUUCUGUAGUUCUUUUUUCUUUUUGGCUUUGUGAUCUGUUCUUGAUGGUCUGGGAACAAAAAUGCAGUCUUUCAUACUAGUUCUAUUGCAAUCGCCAAUAUUUAGUUUAACAAUUUGACUACGAUGAUGUGGUUUUGACCUUUGAAUUAUAGCUGUGUUACUGUGUACUAAAGAGAUUGUGGUCUAUUUGAUAUGUGAUUAUAGGAAAUUUGGAACUGUGGGAUUUGAUUGGUAAGAGAUCCUAAGAUGGCAAAUGAAGCGGCUGCAUGUGCAGGAAGAGCUACAAACGAUAUGUUGAUUGGUCCAGAUUGGGCUAUUAACAUUGAAUUGUGUGAUAUUAUCAACAUGGAUCCUAGUCAAGCAAAAGAAGCAGUAAAGUUGCUCAAGAAGCGGUUAGGAAGUAAAAACCCUAAAGUCCAGAUUCUUGCACUCUAUGCAUUGGAGACUUUAAGUAAGAAUUGUGGCGAGAACGUGUACAAGCUUAUCAUUGACCGUGAUAUUUUGAUUGAUAUGGUCAAGAUAGUGAAGAAAAAGCCUGACCUGAAUGUGAGGGAAAAGGUACUUAGUUUGCUAGAUACAUGGCAAGAGGCUUUUGGUGGAAGUGGUGGUCAAUACCCACAAUACUACAAUGCGUAUAAUGAACUCAGGUCUGCUGGAAUUGAGUUUCCACCUCGAACAGAAAGUAGUCUCUCGUUCUUUACUCCACCUCAGACGCAGCCCAUUGCACACGUGGCUCCAUCUGAUGAAGUUGCUGCUAUUCAGGCAUCGCUGCAAGGAGAUGAUGUUUCUAGCCUCAGCCUGGAAGAGAUUCAAAGCGCUGAGGGAUCAGUUGAUGUUUUGAUGGACAUGCUUGGAGCACUUGAUCCCGAGAAUCCCGAGGGUUUGAAAGAAGAAAUUAUAGUUGACUUAGUCGAGCAGUGUCGUACUUAUCAAAGACGUGUUAUGACUCUUGUGAACACUACAACAGACGAGGAACUUCUGUGUCAGGGAUUGGCAUUGAACGAUAAUUUGCAGCGCGUUCUUCAGCGCCACGAUGAUAUUGCAAAGGUCGGCUCUGUUGCUUCAAAUGGAAUGAAUACCACAGCUCCUCCUCCAGUUGAGUUAGUCAACAUAAAUCAUGAUGAUGACGAAUCAGAUGAUGAUUUUGCUCAGCUAGCUCACAGGUCUAAAAGAGAUUUCAGACCGAUUCUUCCUCCACCACCACCACCACAUAUGAGACCAGUAUACGGUGGUAGUGAUUCAGGUAAGGUGGAUUUCCUUAGUGGUGAUGUCUAUAAACCUCAAGGCUCCUCACAAGGAGUAAAGCCUCCUCCUCCUGCUGCUUCGUCUUCUCCUGUUGUGGAUGAUCCAAUUCCGCAAAGAAACUCCCCUGAGAAGUUACCUCCUCCGGCUCAAUGGGAUGCUGAGGUAAUCAGGAAUCUUCCACCUCCACCUUCAAGGCAUAACCAGAGGCAACAGUUCUUUGAGCAUCAUCACUCGAGUAGCGGCUCUGAUUCCUCUUACGAGAGUCUAGUUGGACAGACCAGGAACCUUUCUAUGACUAGUGAGCCGAAGAAAGAGGAUAAACCAGAGGAUGUGCUUUUCAAAGACCUGGUUGAGUUUGCCAAAACCAGGUCCUCCAAGCCCAACAAUAGGUCGCUUUGAGUCUUUUGCUUGUGUAACAAGUGUGCUUUUAGCAAUCUUUUCUUUAUUUAUUUUUUUAAGUAACAUUAAAUGAUGGUAUUAGAGUGCCCCUUAUAUACAUUUCUGUGUGACGGCGAAUCACGUUCAAGACACAUACACUUUGCAUUAUGCACCAAGAACUAACAAUAGGAUGAAGCUAUUGAACAAGUCAAUUGUUUCUGAGUUGUUUUA